ACUGGGGAAGAGCCACGACCAGCCAGUCACUCACUCACUCACACACACACACGGGGGCUGCCUUUCGCUCCCGCAACCCCGCACCGCAGCUCCAAACCCGGGAAUCCCUGCUCCGAACCUCCCCCGUACGAGCUCUGGAAGUCAUGGCACCCGCUGUGGAAGUCGCGUCUACGUGAAUUUACGCGCGAAAUGCUCCCGUCGGUCGCGCCGCAACGUUUGUCAAACCCGAUCAAGCUGUCUGGAGCGGGAAGGCAACGUUGACAGCUGGGAUUUUUACGAUUUUACCAAAGGAAAAAGCGAACGCACGUGGAGAAGAAGCGACGCGUAAAAACAUCGGGCCACUUUUAUCACAAUCUAACCGCCACGUUGAGCCAUGAGCGCCAAGUCGGUCAUCAGCAAGGAGGUGUUCAGCCCUCACGACGAGAAGAUGCUGGUGGCCUGUCAGGUCAAACGUCGCACCAAGAAGAAGAUCCCUUUCCUGGCCACGGGCGGUCAGGGCGACUACACCACCUUCAUCUGCCUCUCAGUAACCAACAAGAAGCCGGCGCACCUGUCCAUCACCAAAGUGAAGCAGUUCCCGGGGUCGUCGUCCUUCGUCAAGAGGUCGCAGUGGACCAUAGACCAGCUGAGACAGGUCAACGGGAUAGAUGCCAAUAAAGACUGUCCGGAGUUCGACCUGUUGUUCGACACGGCCUUUGACCAGUGGGUCGCCAGUUCCUCCGGAGAGAAGUGCACGUUUAUCCAGAUCCUCCACCACACCUGCCAACGCUACUGCUCCGCCCGCAAGCCCGACUUCCUCAACUGCCAGGCCAAGCUGCUGGGAGGUAACAGCAUCCUCCACUCGGCAGCAGACAGCGUGACCAGCGCGGUGCAGAAGGCCAGCCAGGCCCUGAACGAGAGAGGGGAGAGGCUAGGACGGGCGGAGGACAAGACCGCAGACAUGAUGAACAGCGCCGAGCAGUUUGCAGUCACCGCGCACAAGCUGGCCAUGAAGCACAAGUGUUAGACCACUGCCACCGGAUGUACAGACGGAUUUCCUCUUCCUUUUGUAGAGAUUUGAAUAGAAUCAGCGUUUGUUAGAAUAAUACGGUAUUAACUCCAUCCACACUGAGCCAAAGGGACGAGAACGCAACACGUACCCCAGCGUCUCGUGCACGCUCGCAGCGGCAGUGCACGUGACGACAAGGUACCGGCCAUCACCGCGGCGACGGAGCGGUAGCACCAAAACAUACUCACCCGGUGUAUUUGUGUGUGUGUGUUAAUAUUUGUAAUGCCUAUUCAGGGCCGUUUCUUGCUGUGUGGACGGGCUGGUGGGGGUUUGUCCACUAGGGGGCCCCAGAAAAGAGUUUGUAAGCACAUUUAAACCAACAGUGAAGUAAUUUUUUUAAAUUACACUUUAAACCAUAGACAUAUAAUUAGUAGUAAUGCUAUCAUCCACUCAGCUAGUCCGGGAAGAAAGGUUAUGGAACGCCGGAGCUGGUCCCCUUGUAUUUUCUCGUAUUAGUCCUUAAGGUUGGGUAUCAUUAAGAAGUUGCCGAUGCGAUACUUAUCUUGAUACAUA